GAAGAAAUUACUUUCGAGACUGUUCCUCGUUCGACCGUAAGCCGCGUCUCGUUGGAUCUGUCGUUAGAAAAAAAGAAAAAAAAAGAAAGGAAAAGAAAGGAGGGGAACGACGAAAACGCCGAAAAAGCGCUCUCUUCGCGACUUAUCGCUGCUUACGGCUCGAGACUAGGAGUGACCCAUAAAAGGAACGCGAUCGAUAAGUUCGUCGAUCCGUGAUGCGCGAUAAGAUCGUGCACGAGGAUUAAAAUUAUCCGCGGCCUUACAAAAGGAGAACGAAUCGAUAACGAGAUCUCUACGAUAUCUUUCCCUCGAAACGGAAUAGAGAGAUGAUUCCAUCGAAACGUACGGAAACGAUCGCAACGCGUCGAAAGAAAUCGAAGAAAGUCCAAGUUCCGGAGACUCUGUCUCUCCCCCUGACGCAUUUGUUUCGAUGGCAACGGUAUUUUUCGAUGGAAUCAUCUCGACGAGAGGAACGCAUGCGCGGCGGACGAGAGGAACGAAACGAGAGAGGGUUGAAACGACGUCAGGGGCUGCAUUAGGGUCCAGUCUAGGGUUCGAGCCUAGCCGAUAUGUCGAGCUCCUACGAAGUAGGCGACGGAGCCUAUCGCAGCUCUGGCCGAGAAGGAACUAGCUCGACGACUAUAGACUUUUUACAUCGGGAACGCGAACCUGCCUAUCGCCGCCACCGCCGGCGUCGAAGCCAUCGACGGUGGUGCGCGCGCGCGCGCGCGCCCACACAGCACCACGACGGCUUCCACCUUUAGUCGUUCAGCUGACUCCAGUCGUGUACGACUGUCGUUUGUCGCGUCUUUUUUACCUCCCUCCCCCUCCUCGACGUUGCGAUCCGUCGUCGUUUCGAAGGGUCCUUACCUCGAAGCAAAAUUCAAACGCAUAGAAUCGUCAUCGCGCGAGACACUCGCGAUUCUAAUUUCUAUUCUUCGUUGAAAUUUCUUGUGCGAGAAAGAAGACGGACGGAGAUGAGCCAAAAGACAAAGCUUCGCGUCCGGACUCCGGCUCGACGUUAACCAGAGCAGAACGACGUUGGACGUUUUCCACGUCUACUACGAGAUUUGAGAAAGUGCUCAACCCCUUUUUUCUUCGCCAGACAGAGAGAGAGAGAGAGAGAGAGAGAGAGAGAGAGAGAGAGAGAGAGAGAGAGCGCGAGAGGGGGUGGGGGGAAGAUAGGAGGGGAAGGAUGGUAGGAUGAUCAAAGUUGAUAAUCGUCGAGAGAUAACCUCUAUAUUCCUUCGCAGCCUUCUCGCGAGCGUGCUCGUUGAAUGAAAAAGAGAGAAAACUCGGGGUUCGUUGUCGCAUCGAUUCUUUCGAGAAACCUUCUCACUGACGUACCGUUCUCUUUAUUUUCCUUAAGAGUAAACAUUUUUUUCGCGUGUAACGCGUUUACGAACGCCCUCGUUGACGGAUAUAGAUACGAUAUCGGCUCGCGUACGUACACGUAUUCCCCGAGUACGUCGGUGCGCGUCUACAGUUCGGUGGAACUCGUUCGAUGGGAUUAUGUGCGAGAUACGAUUGAGUUUCGUUUUCUCCUCGUCGAAAUUAGGUCACUCCCUAGACGUAUCGACGACGCAACGAUUGCCCUAUUCUUCUCUCAGCGAUAAUGGAAAGAGAAUAAGUGUUUUUGAACAAAAAUUAGGCCACUCGAUCUCGCUCGUUUCGGCGCGGAGGGGCUUACUCGUACGAUUAAUUCGCUUCGAGACGAUGUUUAUGUACUCGCUCGAGACGUUUAUAUUUUUCUUUUCAUCGAUGGUCAAUGCGAGCACCUCGACUAUUAAUAAACGAGGAUCCUAUAGAAAAGAAUCAAGGAUUCCUUUGAUUUAUGUUCCUGUCGUGAAACACGGCAGUGCAAUUUGCAUGAUAUCGGAAUGAUCUCCAUCUAUCGCCCUGUGCACGCACAGCCUUAGCGAAAGCGGAACUCUUAUGGGAAAAGUAUCGAAAAGCGCCGGGUCUAGCGAUGAUUCCAAGGCGAUGAAUCGAAGGACGAGAUAUCAUGAGACACGAAAACGGUUGAAGGGCGCGUGCACGCAAUGUAAUAAGAGGCAGGGCAGGUGAAAAGAUGAGAAAAUGAAGAAGAAAGAGAGGCGUUUCUAAUUGGAGAAUGAGCGGUUUUUUCAACUCACUCAAAAACCUCGCGUCGGCAGCCGCGUACGCAGGAAGCUCUGCUUCGAGAUAUCAAGAGCUGGAAGUCGAAGACACGAAGAUGAGAUUUAGCUUGACUCCUCAGCCGGGGGAAAGUGGAUUUCAACAAUGGCUGGACGCGAUGAAGAUGGUAGCGCGUUUGCCGGGUGGCAUACCAGCGGAAUUUCGAAAAAGACUUUGGCUGACGCUGGCGGAACGUCAUCUGGAGCAACGAGGCGUGGACUGGAAGCAGGCUGAGAAGGUUUGCUUCAACGAGUGGAGUAACCCCGACGACGAGGAGCUCGGUAUACAAAUCGUAAAGGAUCUUCAUAGAACGGGCUGCAGUCUGUUUUGCGGAGCAGCCGGACGCGACAAUCAAGCCGUGCUACGUCGAGUGUUGCUCGGCUUCGCACGAUGGAACAAGUCGGUCGGUUAUUGUCAAGGAUUAAACGUAUUGGCGGCUCUUGUGUUACAAGUCAUGGAUCGUGCGGAAUCGUCGGCCGUGAAGGUGAUGAUUUAUCUCAUAGAAGGUGUCCUACCGGAAGGUUACUUCGCCGACAAUCUUCGCGGGCUCUCCGUCGACAUGGCCGUUUUUCGUGAUCUUCUUCGUUCGAGGAUGCCGAAAUUGUCGAAGCACCUUGAGAUUUUGCAAAGCGACGCGAAAGACAAGGCUACGGGUAGCAGCUACGAGCCGCCUCUCACGAACGUCUUCACCAUGCAAUGGUUCCUCACGCUCUUUUGUCAUUGCUUGCCGCAAGACGCGGUACUCCGCGUUUGGGAUCUCAUAUUUCUCGAGGGCGACCAAGUGCUUCUGAGGACGGCUUUGGCCAUUUGGGAGAGUCUUUCCGACCGUAUCAUGACCGUGACGUCGGCCGACGAGUUUUACAGCAUCAUGGGCGUUCUCACGCGAGAGAUGUUGGAAUUUACGGAUACGAAUAAUCUUAUAAAGAACAUCGUCAGUUUGGGACCAUUGCACGGCGUGACGGGACUUAGAGAAAAGCAUAGGUACAAUAUCACACCGUGGGCUCGAAAAUUAAGCGACGACGAGGACAGCGAUACCGAGGAGGACGAAAGAUUGGCCGUGGCCGCGGCUAUGUUCAGUAUGGCUCAGCGAUUGAAGAAAGGUGAACUUUUGAGCGAGCACAUUUCCUCGACGGUGGGAGCGAUACAAGCGAUGGCUCCUGGCAACGAUCGAGAACGCCUCGCUUUGGACAUCAGUACGUUGAAACAACAGUACGCUAAGCUUCGAGAACGACAACGGCAAGCUCAUAUCAUACUCUCCGCCGCGUGUGCGAGACAGUCGAUGGUUCCUCCAGCCACUUCUCAGGCCAUGAAUCACCUGUUAGUCGGUAAGAAUGCGCUGGUCAGUGGAAAGAAUCGAUCCCUCGGUUUGUCCACCGCUACGACCCCUUCCAAGACGAGACCCGUCGUUCUCCACGGUCCACGGGCGCCUAGUAAGAAGGACAGACAGCAGGUCGUCACUUUGCAUUGGAAGGACACGAAGAGGCAGAAGCACAAAUUCGGGGAGACAGCUGCCGAGGCUACGAAGUGCAAGGAGAAGUCGAUAGAAUCGCCGGAGGAGACGACGCACGAGCUAGCGUCACCGAAAAGCGGAGUCGUCGACAGCGACAGCGACAGCACGUCGACGGAGCUCUGCGACGAGCCCGAUCGAUGCAGUGACGUCGACAGCGAAGAGCUAACGUCAGCGUCUGACAAUUAUUACGUCAUGGCUAGCGAAGAGGAGAAAAGCGGGAGGGUCGAGGGUUCUUCGACCUCGGGCAAUUCGCCCGUUCGUUCGCCGCGUGACGCGACGGUUGUUAGUCCCCGCGACGUCAUCGGGGAAGAGAGUCUCGACUUGGCGGAGACCUCGUCGAUAGCAAAGAUCACCGAUCAAAUAAGAAGAUUAUCGGCCGAAGACGACAAUAAUACGAUGGUUCCUCAAGCGUCCUUAAAGGGCGAAAUCAAGAAAGACGAUUGCCUCGAUAAGAGAGCUUUGCUCGAGGCUGGCCAAGCGAAAUCUUCAAAGUGUCAAGACGGAGUCGACGAGAGGAAGGAAUGUUUAGGUUCGUUCGACGAUCGGGAUUACUUCAAAUUUAAUUACGGCGAAUCAAAGACCGGUUACGCGCCGAUGAGAGACAAGCACGAGGAGUCCGUCGGGAGGAACGACGACGAAAUUGGAGGGACGACGACCGAUCUCGGAUCGGUGACGAAGGCGAUCGCCCUUGGCGCUUACGACGUAGGAAUCGCUACUGGUCCGUCCGAGCGAAACGAUAUUCGCGCUUUCCUUUCCAAGGAAUCGAUCGUUAUCGAUACGAACGUUACUUCCAAGUACGAGAGCUCCUCGCUCCUUAUAUCUUACGACAAGAAGGAGGAACGUUCGGACGAUAGGGACAAACGUUUCGAAUUGACUUUGGAUUCUUACAAGCUCGAAGGAUCGUUGAAUAGUUGUAAACCCAUAGAUUUUAAAUCGUCGGACACGAGGGAGAAACUCGAAUUUACGAACGUUUCUUACGGAUCCGCGCGUAGUCCGUCGGUAGACGCCGAAGAGACGGAUUUUCAAGUUUCCUUGGCUUCUUACAAAUCCUUGAAGUCGUCCGAUACGAGCGACAAAGCUUUCGAGACGUCUUUGGACACGUACGAGUCGUUAAAAUCGCCGAACAGAAGGGACCAACGCGUCGAGGCGUCUCUUCGUCCUUACGAAUCCUUAAUGAAUUCGGCAGAGACGAGCAACAAACGAUUCGGAAUAUCUUUGGAUUCUUAUAAACGUCCGAGGUCGCCGGACGUGACGAACGACAAGCGUUUCGGGACGUUGUCUUUGGACUCUUACAGAUCUUUCAAAUCGUCGGACGCGAACGAGAAACGCCUCGAAUCGUCUUUGGAUUCCUUUAGAAAAUCCGCGCAGACCCCGGAGACGAACGACAAACCGUUUCAGACAUCGUCGAGUACCUACAAACUCGGAGCGAAAUCGCCGGAGCCGAAGGACGACGGUUUCGUCGAACGCUCCACGAAGACUUACGCGAACGUUUUCGGCCAGAGUCCCAGAAAGGACAUCUCGUUGGACGUUACGUCGUCGGCGGGUUCGCUUCUGUCCGGACAAAGCUUCUACGCGUCGAAAACGUACGUCGUUGGCCACCUUCCGAUCUCGCCGAUAAUCGUAGAUCAGAAAGUGAAUAAUCCGAACCGCGCCGCGUACGACAUCGCCGGCGACCCCGUCGCCGCGACGGACACCACGGUUAGAAACUCGGAUCGGUCGGUGGAAAGAGGAAAGUCGCCCAACGUGGAAGGCGCCAAGUAUUACGCGACGGAUACGACGACGAGGAAGAGGAGUCCUAGAACGCCGGACAGUUCGAAGUCGUUUAGCUCGGGCGAGACGAUGGGUCCGGAUUCGAAAGCCUCGAGUUUGACCGUCAGUCCGAGGACCCCGGUCAAGUCGGUCUCUCGAGAGUUUUCCGCGGACAAGUCCGCGUGUUCCUCGAUAAGCUCGGACUCGAAAACCCUCGUGCUUCUGUCAACGACCGAGUCCGACGUAGCGAGGGAGAGUCCGAGAUUGGAAGGGAAAAAGUCGUCCUACGAAAGGUCGAGCCCCUCGACGUCGUUCAGCACCGACUCGCUCAAGUACAAAUCGGACUCGAGUCCUAAACUAAUCGUAAGCAGCUCCAGCGACUCCUGCAGUCCGAGCAAAAUGAAGUCUUCCGAGAGGUCCUUCAGUUCGGACCUUCGAUCGCCUAUAAGUGCCAAUUCUAUAAAAUACACCUCGAACUACGGGAAACGAGGUCAAGAUAAUAUUUCGGACUCGUCCAUCGAUCCGAGCACGGCCGUCUCGCCGUUUUAUCCGAUCGCCCAUCCCAAUCGAAAGACCCCGUCGCCGUACAACGUUUCCAGGCGUAGAUGCAGCCAAGAUAGCGCGCCUGACACCUCGCCGGAACAAAGAUUAUCCGUUUCCAAGGAUUCGGGCAAGUGCUCGAGUAGCGCUCGUACGAACUCGGAUUCCGGAUCUUCGAGGAUCUUCGAGAGCAGAGAGGAAAAUGGAAUAUCGACGAAGAACUCGUGCUUGAACGUAUCGGAAAGAGAUCGGGAGAGAAACGAUCGUAGAGUUUACGAAUUCGGAUCUAACUCGAUUUUCUAUAGCAACGAAAACGAGCAACAGUCCGCGGAGGAUAACGGCGGGGGCGGGGGCGGCGGCGACGGCGGCGGCGGCGGCGACUGCGGUGGCGACGGCGACGGCGGCGGCGGCGACGAUCGCUCGUCCGAGAAAGACACGGUAUCUCAGUUGCCUCGAGAACAAUUGAACAAGCAUUUCAUGAAUCUUAAUUUCAGGCACAAGGACCGUUCGAAAUUCUUGGAAAGAAGUUCCAGCAGUCUGGAUCGAAGAUCCGCCGAUUUGAAAUCUUCGGCAUCUACGGACGAGCUCUCAGCCUCGAUCGUAAAGAAAAGAUCGAGUGACAUAUUGGAAGAUAUGAAGCAUCUCGAGGCUAAGGCCUUCAGCGACGGACCCUCGGAAAGCGGUAUACUCGGCAAGAAGAACAGUUACAUAUGGGAGGAUUUCAAGAACCUCGAGGCCAGACGCCAGGACAAUUUCAGCAAUUCGGCAAGCAGCUUCUCGAGGCAUCGCCUCGACGUCGCCGGCGUUACCGAAGCGUACAGCCUGCCGCCGGACGCUAGAAAGUCCUACGUAGUGCGCCCAAAGAUGAGCAUAGACGAGAGUAUCGACAGUAUUUUAAAGACGGUCUCGCGUAACAAGUGCAACGCCAACGACGACGGCCGCGGGGAAAGGCGCGACGAGGACGAGGAGAACGACGGCAGAGAAUCGAAAUUGGGCGUUUGGACGAAGGUCAAGCCGAGGAAGAGGGGUAACGACGGUCGGAGGAGUAGCGACAGGGCCUUGAAGAUAAUCCAAGAGAACUCGGCGAUCCUACAGAAGAUCCUGGCGUGUCAAGCGAAGAAGCGUCUACCCGAUCUCGAGGAAAUAUCGAAGGAGAUAACGAUUAGCCCUAUAAACGAGGAAAUUUCCAAGAUAUUCAGUCCGAUAUUGGAGAAGAUGGGAUUGAACGAGCACGAGAUAAACGAGGAGUUGGCACGGAUCAAUUUCAAGGAUUUCGACGAUAUGACGGGAACGAGCGUCUCCGAGUUCGAUGCGAAGAUCCACGACGAAUUGUCGAAGCUGUCCUUGAUAGACGAGACCGAACGCGCGAACGAUCUCGACGUGGACGAGAUCGUAUCUCAGGAAUAUUUCGACACGCGGGAGGCUCUGAUAGAUCGGAAGAUCAACGAGGAACUGUCGAAGCUCUUGGCGAAUUACGAGGAGGAACCGCGUUUGAGCGUGGCGACGUUGGAGAAGGGUUCCUCCAGUCAGAACGUCAGCGAUACCGAGGGGCUCGACUUGACCAGCAUCUCGACGAACGUCUUUUCGUACAAAUCCUCGAACGACUCCAUCGAGACGAGGAGCGAGCAAGGCUCCCUCCAGGAAACGUCGAUUCAGCCGGAAAGAUAUCCUCAGUACGGUCAACCGGCUUUGCCUUACUCGUCGUCGAGCUACGUGCGAGAUUUGUCGCCUAAAAGCGACAUAGACAUUUACAGGGAGCUCGAAAAGCUGGACAAGAUAUCCUCGGCUCAGGUGAUACCCGACACGCCGUUGGACGUUUCACCGAAAAUCUUGUCGCCGGUCGCGGUUGCCUACGUUACCAACGUUUCUCCUUACACCUCCGACGUGUCGACCCCGAUUCGAUAUUCACCGAAAACGAUGCCGACGUUCGGUGACGCUUCCCCGUUAAAGGCCUCUUACGAUCCAUACAAGAGCUUCGAUUUUAAAAGCGAUCUGUCGCCGAGGAGGGUGCCCAACGAUCCGUACACGCCGCGACCCUACGACGAUGCGCUUGAUUCGAAUUUCGAGUACUUCGAUCGCGAAUCUACCGUCUGCACGAACUCCCUCUACGACGUACGCCCGAAGAGUCCUAUUUUAACGAAGGAAUCUUUGGAAUUUCGAGUGAGAUACGACAACGAUUCACCGACGCGAAAUCUCACCGACGAGUCCUUCGUUCUACCGAGCGAGGCCAAACAGAUGGCUAUGCGGAAGAGCGUUUUGUAUUUCGGCGAUCGAAGUAACGAGAUCGUCGGUACCAACGAGUCCACCGCCGGCAACGAAUCGAGAACCCUCGAUGCGAUCGCCAGUUCCUUUAUCGAUUAUUCCGCCGAAAGUUCCAACGUCUUACGUCGUAGCUACGAUCCGCCAUCCUCGCCUAUGAUAAAUUAUAUUCGCGACAAGAAUACCGAAUACGACAGAGCUUUAUCCGGCAUGGUAGGAAACGAAUCGAACGUUGGAACCUAUUUGCGAGAUUAUCAUCCUGCUCUUUCUCCAAAUCGACGAUUCGAUCAACCCUUCCCUCCGGUCGUUAACUAUCUUCCCUCGAAACUUUCUCCGGGCAUCGUCGACGAAACCAAACGACCUGUCUCUCAUCCUGACUUUCCAGAGAAAAUAACGAUCACCAGCGAGUACACCGAACCGCCUGCCAGAGGCUCCAGUUGUUACAAAAAAUCCUCUUUGAGUUUGGCCAAUAUAGGACGAUCGAGCAAAAACGGGGAGGAUAGCCUGAACGUCACCCCAAGUCCGAAGGGUCAAUUCAGUCCGUUUCCGGUGAAGAAUACGUCGAAGAAGCCGAAAGACUUGGCUCUUAAGUUGGGCCUCUACUCGCCAAAAAAUUCACCGAGCGGACCCUUGAGAAGAUCGUAGUCGAUGGCAUUGCUCGUCUCCUUGUUCUCCGAGAAGAUAUGUACGUGCAUAUAUAUAUAUAUAUAAUAUAUUUUAUUUUUCCUUCGAUGACCCACGAAGGCCCUGUUACGACGAGAAAGCCUACAUGCGGUUAAGAAAACACGAAACGAUCUUGUAUCGUUGAUGUCCAAACGCGAUGUUUUAUACACCUCUUCGACGCAUAAACUCGCAUAACUUUCCUUUUAAAUCGACAGACGCGCCUAAAGCUGUCCUAUUCCUCGUUUUUCCGAUGCCUGAUGAUAUAAUCGUAAGAUUGAAAUAUCGAAUAGCGUUAAUUGUUAAGUUGCGCGAAGAAACAGCGACUUGCUCUGCGCCAAGUUUCUCUCGCUCCAUGGUUCGAAUAAAUUGAAUUAUUGGGAUAAUAAAACGUGGCCAAAGAGCCACUUGAAAGUAGACGCUCGGAUUAGCUUUCCGUAAGUGGUACGAUAACGAGCAGUCGACAUUUGAUCUUGUACCUGUAAUUCCAAGUUACUAUCAUUCGCGUUACGACUUUAGCCCGUUGUUUUAUUAACGGAUUCGUUUCGACCUCUACCACUUGCGAAAGUUUUUCAAGAGAAGGAGCUAAGAACGACGAGCAUACAAGCGCUACCAAACACUGACAUUUUCUAACAAAUGCCUUUGGCUCCCUCCAAUUUUGCUCAUCAUACGCAUGUAUAUAUAUAUAUAUAUAUAUAUAUAUAUAUAUAUGUAUAUGUAUAUAUAUAGUAUAUUAUAUUACAUUAUAUUAUAUUAUAUUAUAUUAUAUUAUAUAUAAAUAUACAAACACGAUAUAUAACAUUUCACGUACCGUAUCGUUGAGACGUAGCAAAGAUUUUAGAGAAGCACCGAGCUUCAUUCCUCUUUCGCUUUCUUACACUGAUACUCGUUAUCACGAGCCAAGCCUGAACAUUUUGUGAUAAGAAUCAUAAGCAAGUGGAGAUCUCGAGGCGAUUGAGAAUUCCUCGCGCAGUUAGAAACACUUUGAAGAUAAGAACGUUUCAAGAGAUGACGUUUUACGAUAUUAUUUCGCGUGCUUGAUUCGUUAAAUGUACAGCCGCGCAGCUACAAUAAUUAACGUUGAACGUGCGUAAACCACGAACAGCAUAUUUACAUUUGCAAAAACUACGCGUCUCGUAAACGAUCGACCCGAUAGACGGUAGAAGGAAGAUUGUACAUACGUAUGUACGAAAGGAUUGUAUAUUUAGAUGAAGACAAGAAUCACAGGUACACACACACACACACACACACAAUAUUAAAGCCUCCACGAAAUCUUUUUAUAUAAAAUAAAGGUAGUAUUUUUAGAUGUUUCUAAUAAAGAGAAUCUUCAUAUUAAAAGAAUAAGAAAAAAAAGAUACGCAAGCUUAGCGCAGGAUACAUGCCUAGAAAGAAAACAAAUGAGAGUGCUACGCAAGACUCGUUUUCCUAAUGCGAUUUAUCAACGUUAUAGAAAUCAUUGUAUUACCUCUACGCCAGGAAAUUGUUGCGAUUUGAUCACGCGAGAAAUUAGUGUUAUUGAACGUUUUUACGAUGCUAUAAUUUUUUUUCUUUCUUAUUUUUCCGCUAAUCUUUCGCCGUUUAAUUUCACAUGUCCCAAAGUUAAAUAAAUUCUCACUGAUCGCCGUAAUAAAAAAGAAUUGUUCCAUUCAUCUGUGAUAGAGAAUAGAGAGAUGUAUUUACCGAACGUAGAAAAAAUUCCGCAAAAGUAUCGCUGAACUUAUUAAUCGCAUUUUAAUCGAAAAAAAAGAUAUCGUGCAUUUUUAUCUACAAUCUUCUUCGCUUGAGAAAAAAGAAAAAAAAUAAAUAAAAAGAGAGAACAAGUAUCCUACGAUUUUACGUCUACAACGCGGAACAAUACUUUCUUCCGAAUUCUUUACACCUUUCUUUUAUACUUUUGCACGGAUUUUUCGAAAGCAAUUUUUCUACCGAUCUCGGAAUCGAUUAUGUUUUUUAUAAUAUAAUCCUUGAAAAAGAGCGACGCCAUGAAGAAAGCACAACUUUUCGAAGGAACGAUCGCAAGGGGCGACUAUUAGGACAUGCUUUAAAGUUCGAAUGGGGAUGACGUUAACUGUUAUCUAUUAUUAAUUGUCAUUGUACAGUACCAUCCGUUCUUGUUAGUUAACCCUCUUGUUGAAGACGUAAUCAAAGAAUUAGUAGCACGUCGGUGUACGCUUGCACGAUGAAGAAAAAAUUUGUUACGUUUUAGCGAGAUUUUACUAAGCCAAUUAGAAUAAAUACAUGCACUCGGUAGUCGGAUCAAAGCGAUAAAAAUUAGUUGUCGAGCCGUCUCUCGUCGAACUUGUGCUCGAAAUUUCCUCGUGCCGAAGUACAUAGAUACUAUAGUAUAUUUACGCGUUCGAGGUCGAGAGAGGAGCGGUCCGGCCCGCGACGUUGCGCGUAUGUUGUUGCGUGCUUGGCAUAAAUACGUGGAAGAGAGGAAAGAAUAAUAUAACAAAUGGAUUAAUUAAUGUCCCUUUGAUGAUAUUACACGCCCAAUAUGGCACGUAAAUACGCGAUUCGCUGAAAACAAAGUACCUUUGCAAGUUUGCCAUUAAAAAGUAUUAGGCGAGAUUUGUAUGUAUGUACUAUAUCGGUGCGUCUUGGUUGUACGUAUACGUAUUCGAGAGUAAAGAAAGAGAAUAAGACCUAUGUAAGUUGGGAAAAUCUAGUAUUAGGUAAUAGCUUUAAAUCUUUGUCCGUGCUAACUGUUGGAUUUAACGAACCGGAAACAGUGUUCCGAAACCUGUGACGAAGAGAAAGUAAAAUUAUACACAUAAUGAGGUAUUAGCACUACGGUAACUACGUGGAUAGGAAGUUUAAUCGGAUAGUAAGUAACUAAUUAGUACAUAAAACUUGUCAUAUGUAUCGAGAUAUUAGUAUCGGCGAUGUUACUAAUUUUUCUGCUUUCUUUGAGUCGAGGAGAGGAUUUAAUAUAUAUUCGAUCGAUGGAAGGUUGACUUUGUCGCGAAGAAAAUACAUCGUCUUCUUUUCCAGUCUCUCUCUCUCUCUCUCUCUCUCUCUCUCUCUCCUUCUCUUUCCUGUUCCUCUUGAAAUAUUAAUGGUUGACAAUAUAAAUUUGGAUCGUUUCGUAAAGUUACCAAAUAAAAUUCGUAAAGUAAGUAGCGUUUUUGUACGAGACACAGUUAAGGCGCGAGAAGCGGUAGAGUACUAUAGAGAGAAAUACAAAGGAGAGGGAAAGAAACGAUAGUAGGAAGGUGUAAGCGUGUAAAAGUUAAACGAAACGCUUCAUAGAAAUUCGAUAAUAACGCUCUCCGAGGAGUCCUACGUGAUUUUAGUUUGGAGAAUCGUUACUAGCCAGACGGAUCACAGGUUUUACUAUGCGUCGCUCUUCGAUCGAAGAAAAGCAUGAGGUAUAUACAUAUGUGGUACUUACAUAGUCGUCGGUGAGAAAGAGUGGUGCCAUGUUAUAAGACUGUAUAAUUCCACGUGCGUAGAAUUAUGAGAGACGAGGCAAGAAAAGUAAAUAAAUAUAUUGACACAGAGAA